AUGUCGCGCCAACUUCGAUUGAAAUCACUCAAUUCGUCACAAAAUCAGAAGCGGAGAAUGCUAGAUCACAGCGAGGAGGUGAACGAUCUGCUCUUUUCGAUCUCUGUUUCUCUCCACUGCUCCCCUGAUUCUGGUGAUGAUCUUGUUAUGGUGGAUUCGGAAACCAUGAAAAGAAGAGGUGGAGAUAUGAUCGAACAGAACAAGAGUAGUAGCAACGACAAGAAGACUUGCGUCGAUUGUGGUACCAGCAAAACCCCUCUUUGGCGUGGUGGUCCUGCAGGACCUAAGUCGCUUUGUAACGCGUGUGGGAUCAGAAAGAGUAAGAAGAGACGAGGAGUAGAUGAUAAGAAGCCGAAGAAAUCAAAUUCCGGCGGCGGCGACCUCAAAAGAAACCCUAAAUUUGGUGAAUCGCUGAAACAGAGGAUAAUGGAUUUGGGGAUGACGAAGAGAUCGACGGUGGAGAAGCAACGACGGAAGCUCGGCGAGGAAGAGCAAGCCGCCGUGCUUCUCAUGGCUCUCUCGUAUGGAUCAGUGUACGCUUAGUGGUUUCUAGAUCCCACCAUUUGAAGACGGUGGCUGAUCAGAAAUCAACAACAACAAAAAAGUAUUAGGGUUUUCUUGAAUUCUGAGAGCAAUGAUGGAUUACUAACAAAUUUGUGUGAAAUUUUUCCCUCUCUUCUUUUUUUGUCGGAAAUUGUUUUAGCUUUGUGUUCUUCAGUCAAUUUCUUAUCUUUUUUUUUUUUUUAAAUUCUGGGUAUCUCGAUGCUGCGAUUUGGCCAUCAAAAAGUUUUGGAAUGUGUAAGAAGAUGAAUGAACAAAAAGAUUUUCGGUGGUAUUACUCUCAAAUAGUAGUAUUAUUUUAAAUUAUUGUUCUGUGUUGAAAGUUUGUCUUUAUUAGGACAGGAAUGUGACUUGCC